AUCACUACACCGUUUUGCACUAGCUCAUUUGCUAAAUAAAAAUUUUCACAAACGCAACAAUAGCACUGUUCAUAUGGGAUGCUUACACAAUAUUCUUGUGACAAGUUACUUCUGCCACCGCUAAACUGCAUCCCUCCACACCAGCAACUAAAUCUAUUUUCAAACCUUGACGCCUUGUCAGAGAGUUAAAACUCCCGCUGCCUGGGGUAGCUAUGCUCCCAACAAGCGGGAGCCAACACCCUGGCUAAAACACGAGAGAGAGGGAAAAUUACCACAUUCCAAUGUCAAAAGGUCAGGCAUUGCCCCACUCUUUUUAGACUCACAUCCAGGGGCGGAGUGGCAAUCGGGACGAUCGGGACUUUUCCCGGUUGGCCGGCCGGCGAUUAAUUUGUUACAGAACUUUCAUGGUCACAAAAAAAAAAAAAAAUGACAAUAUAUUUUGUUUGUUUGUUCUUAAAUUAACGUAGAAUGGAAAAAAGCCUCCUGGGAAUGGGGAAUGCGUUUAUCCAAUGAACCGAUUGCAGGUGAAGUCUAUUUACAGAAAUAUAGGGAGAUAAAUGAGCGCCCCCUUGUCUAAUGGCAAUAUGGCAUGACCCAAAGAUAAUGGAAUGCGCCAAACAGAGAGAAAGCGAGCAAGUUUGAGGUAAAGUAAAUUUUUUGACAGUCAGGAUUAGCGUGGUUGAUUGCUGUUUUAAAUUUACCCAUGGAAGGCAAGAAGAGAAAGGAGAAAGGAGGGGCCGAAAAGGCCAGAAAGAAGAAGAAGCGGAUGCUGGAGGAGGAUGCAUCAAAGUGCUCAAAAAUUACGGAUUUAUUCCGCCGAAAUUAGGCGUCAACAAGUGCUGCAGGUGAAUUGACAGAAAAACAGUUAGCGGGCCUCUAAAUCAUUGACGUUAGUGUUAGGCAAAUGCCAAUGCAAUAUAGAAUGAGGUCAACAUCGAAUUUACAAUCUAAUGAGUUGUAUUUUAUUCUAGCUUGACUCGAAUUUGGCAAUGCAUGUUUAAUCACAUCUAAAGGACAUGCGAUUUUUGAAAUUUUAUGGUUUAGGUGGUGUAAUUAGCUUUCCCUUAAAAUGAAAUUGCCAAAAUUGUUCACCAGAUUUGCCUUUGUACAAUAGAGGACUCUAUUGUGCAUGAUGUGGGGGAAGAUAAAUAGGUCUUGAUAAUUUUUAUAUCACAUCUAGAUGUGUCAACAUCAAUUGACAUGCAUGUAUCCCUGGACAUGUCCUAUCUGAUCUUUCUCUGUCCUGGAUGGAAAAUAUUAUAAUGCAUUAACAGUGUAUUGGAAGAUUGGAACACAUUCAUUUUCUUCACACAGAUAGUGCAUUCAAAAAUGUUCAAUGUUAACAUUGAAAUUCAUGUGCAGUGAGUGCAGCAUAGCCAGACCUUUAAAAAAGAAAGUUGGUUUGGUUGGGAGGUGGGUGCAUUGUAUACCCCCUAACACGCAGCCUAUAUACUAUCAGGGGAAAAUGCAAUUAUCGUUAUGCUGUAAAAAGUUUAAUUUGUAUGUGUGCCUGUUCUGUUUUUUCCACACAGUCUCAGAAUUCAGUCAGACUCAGCCCAGCGAUGAUGCUGAUGAUCAGACAAUGCUAGGAGAAGUCACGACUACAAGUACAGACAUAGAGGAAGAUGUUUGUCGGUCAAUGCAAGGGAGAGUGAAGCCUCAGGGUCCAGAAUAGAAACAGAAACAGAUGAGGAGAGGGAUGUGGAGAGUAGAGUGGAUGGACCAGCUGAGAAGGAGACUGAAAGUGUAGAAGUUGGACCAACUGAGGUGGAAUUUGAGAGUAUAGAGGCUGGACCUGCUGAGGAGGAGAUUCAAAGUAGAGAGGCUGGACCAGCUGAGGAGGAGAUUCAAAUCGUCAAUUAUUUUGCCUGUCCCAAGUCUAAAGAUCUGUCUUUAUUUUUUCAAUAUCACCCCCAACGAACCCCAAGAAAAACCUUGCCUAAUAUUUUUCAUAGUAGGGAUGGGAUCAACCGCAAGUGGUUGAUUUACUGUGAAGAAAGCCAUGCUCCCUUUUGCACAGUUUGUUUGGCAUUUUCAAAGCCCACUGCUUUUGACAGCGCUUUUGUUAGAGGAGGCAUGCAAUCCUGGAAGCAUGUACAUCAAAGAAUUGAGGAGCAUGAAAGAAGUCGUAUCCAUCGAGACUGUGCAGAGGCUUACUUCUUGAGGGCAAAUAAAGGGGACAUUGAGAGUAGAUUAAGAGGAAACCAGCUCUCCCUCCAUCAAGAGCAAGUCAGAAGAAAACGGCAGGUGAUGGAUCGUGUAGUCAAUGUUGUCAAGGUAAUCGGAAAACAGGGUCUAAGCUACAGAGCCUCCGAAUUUGAAGCUGCCUUCACUUUGGAAGACUGAAGUUUAGACCACGGUAACUUCCUUGAAAUGAUCAUGCUCCUGAGUAUGUAUGACCCCUGCCUGCAACAACAUUUGACUGAAUGUAUCGAAAAAAGUAAAAAACAGCAUGAAGCUGGGGCAAGAGGCAGAGGUUCAUUGGUCACUCUGCUUUCAAAAGAUACAAUCAACAAUGUUGUCAAAGUGAUCAGUGGGCUGAUAAGGGAGACAAUUGCCAGUGAGGUCAGAGAAGCUAAAAUGUUUUCUGUCCAGAUUGACACCACUCAAGACAUCACAUCCGAAGACCAGUGCUCUGUGAUUCUCAGGUAUGUCACAGAUGUGGUCCAUGAGAAGUUGGUUGCUCUGGUCGAUUGUGAGGCUUCUACUGGGCAGUAUUUUCUCGAUCUCCUGAAAGAAUCACUCACAAGACUUAAUCUUGAUGUGUCAUGUUGUGUAGGGAGUACUACAGAUGGGGCAGCCAAUAUGCAGGGUAGUUAAAAAGGCUUCUCUUCCUUUCUAUCAAAGGAGGCCCCUAACCAAAUCCACGUCUGGUGCUAUGCUCAUGUCCUAAACCUAGUAUUAGCAGACACAACAGGCAGUGUUAUUCAGAGUGCAUCACUUUUCACUCUCUUGAAUGACAUUGCUGUUUUUAUAAGGGAUUCUUACAAAUGCAUGAAGAAGUGGGAAGAAACCAGCACAGACAAGCGACACAGAAUACUCUCUCCAAUAGGACAGACACGGUGGUGGGCAAAAGAUACUGCUCUCACAAAGGUGUUUGGGAGUUUUGGAAGCCCUGACAGUGCCAUGUAUGUAGAUCUAGUCUUGACUUUAUCAGUAAUUCAACUAGACAGAACCAUGAAGCCUACUGCUAUAGCCAAGGCCAAAGGAUACAUUGAGGGUCUCCUAAAAUUUGAGACAAUUCUCACAGCCCAAAUCUUCCUACGGAUUUUUGAGUGCACGUCACCCCUGUCCAAAUACCUGCAGACAAACGGAAUGGAUCUCCUGACCGCACACCGCCUGGAAGUGGGAACAGAGGAUGGGCUGAAGAAGUGUGUGCGAGACUUCAGUGGCGUAAAAGAAGCUGCAGACCAGUUUGUGGUGUGGGCUAAUGGUGAGCUGCUGGAGAAGGAGGACUGUGAGAUGGAGGUGGAGGUAGCACUACCUGAAAAACGGGUUAAGAAAAAGAAGAUCAUGCCAGGAGAGCUGGCAGAAGAUGAGCCCUUAACAGCAGCUGAGAGGGACUUUGAGGUGACCAUACAUAAUGUCAUUAUGGAUACUGUCACUCAAAGUAUCCAUGAGCGCUUUGCUGUGAGUGCAAAGCUUUGCUCAGAUUUUGCCAGCCUUGAUCCAAAAAACUUCCCUGAGGUAAGGGAUAAGGGACUUCCAGGAUCAGCAAUGCAAAACCUCAGCAGUUGCUUAAUGAAAUUUGAUGCCAGAUCCACUACUGGUACCUUACAGGCUGAGCUGGCAAGCCUAGCCACACAGUGGGAAAGACUAAAGCUGUCCCCCCUAGAGGAGUACAAGGUGCGGACCUCAGGAGAAAAUGAUUCACCUGAAGGCACAGGUGAUGAAGAAGAACCAUGCAAUAUAGAAAGGCCAGAAUUGGUCCAUGUUAACUGUUCUAUGUGUAAGAAUUGUGCCAUUUGUGUUUACCUUAUCUUGGCACAAUACAAUUUACUGACAAAUUCAUACCAUGUAAUUGGACUGGCCUACAAAUUUCUUUUGACAUUAUCCACUACUCAAGUGGCCUGUGAGAGAAGUUUUUCUACCCUUAAAUUUGUGAAGAACAGACUUAGGAGCACUAUCGGCCAAGAGCACUUGGAAGCAUUUAUGCUCAUGGCAACAGAGAAAAACAUUCUGAUGUCCUUGGACACUGAUGGGGUGAUAAACAAGGUUGCAGAGACCAGUGACCUUCUCAGACGACAGCUCAUGUUUUAAGGCCAAAACUCCUACUUCCCACCUCCAGCUCAGAAGGAGGACUCUACUAUCUGCCCCUGAGAGAAUGACACUUCCUCUGUGCCCCUGAGGUAAAGACACCACUCUCUGUGCCCCUGAGAGAAGGACACUUCCUCUGUGCCCCUGAGGUAAAGACAACACUCUAUGUGCCCCUGAGAGAAGGACACUUCCUCUGUGCCCCUGAGGUAAAGACACCACUCUCUGUGCCCCUGAGAGAAGGACACUUCCUCUGUGCCCCUGAGGUAAAGACACUACUCUCUGUGCCCCUGAGAGAAGGACACUUCCUCUGUGCCUCUGAGGUAAAGACACUACUCUCUGUGCCCCUAAGAGAAGGACAAUUAUCUCUGUAUAUACAAUUAUCUCUGUUCACUAUAAAGUUUGUGGAACUCUUUGGAACUAUGUAUAUACUGUAAUAGUUCUCUACAAACCUUAUUCAAAGUGCCUGAUUUUCCAUUUAUUUAAUUACCUGUGUUAUUAGGUUGGCAUUGUCUACACUUCCUUUUCUAUAUACUGCACUUAAAUAUCUAUAGUUCCUUACAAAUGUAUUGAAAGUGCCUGGUUUUCCAGUGGUUGAUUGGCUUGUUGUAUUGCAUUAGCACUAUCCUUAGUUCCUUUCGAUGUGUAUACAAUGCUAUUACUUUGAUUUAUACAAAAAAACAUGUUCAUAUUUAAGGCUGGAAAUUAUGAAUGUAUAGAUUGAUAUGUAUAGCAGUUGAAUGGCCUGUUUAGGUCUGUAUUGACAAUGUCUAUAUGAUGUUACAUUUCAGCAUCUGUUUAUUAAUAGAA